GAGAGUAGCGGCAGCAUCUGCUGAGUUCCCGCCUCUGUCCCCGCCCGGCACCGAGCAGCAGCAGCAAGAGGAGGAGGAGGAGGAGGCGGAGGAAGAAAAGAGACGGGAAGCUGCAGUGUGUGGGCAGCAGCAGCAGCAGCGAAGGAAGGAGGCGAGUUUUGUCCUUUCCGCUGCUUGUUCUGCGAAGGAACUGGCCGGCAGCAACCAUGGCCUCGGCUCCUCGCAGGCCAGAGUUGGGCUGCCAAGCGCGAAGGGCAGGAGCAGCAGCAGCAGAGGAGGGCCGGCAAUGAGCGACCACUAGCAGCUGCCCUUUCCAGUCUCUGCCGUCCAGGCCGCGCGCGGGCGCGGGUCUCCGUGCGGACCCCCGGAGCUUCUCCUCCUCGACGGCCCUCUCUCCGCCCGCGGAGGCCCCGCCAUGUGGGGGAGGCUCCUCUCCGAGUUCGGCCAAAACGGCGACUACAGAGCAGGCACAGAGUAUUCUCCGUCGGGAUGGUUACCUGGUCCUGAUCCACUGUGGCAAGCCACAACUGGUUCAUCGAGCGGUCGGAGUACCCACCUGAGAAGACACAGCAUAGCUUCUGACAGUGGGGACACUGGUAUCGGAACCUCCUGUUCUGAUAGUGUGGAAGAUCAUUCCACCUCAAGUGGUACUUCAUCAUUUAAGCCCAGCCGUUCACUGGUCUCGAUUCCCACUGCCCAUGUGAUGCCGUCUAAUACCAGCUCUUCGCUAUCCCAGCAUAGGGAACCUGUGAAGUCUGACUGUUCAAAAUGGAGUACAAGCCUUUUGAGGUCCGCCGCAAGCAGGCAUCAGGGCAUCCUGGACAGUUCUCUUGACAUGAAGGACUUGAGGCCUGUAAGGAAAUGGUCGUCCUUGUCUAGACUCAGCGCACCCAUUACAUGUACCCAGGAUGGGGGUGUUUAUUCAGCAGAGUGCAGGACAAGCCUGGAUAAAUUGGGAAGAGACAACACUGUGUCACCACAAUUAAGAAUAAAUGGGACGAGCUGUUUGCACAACAGCAUGGAAUUACUCAAGAUGGAGGACAGAGAAACUGGGAAAAAAAGAAAUUCUACCUUGGACUGCAAAUACAAAUUUGAAAGUUGCAGCAAGGAAGACUUGGGUGCUCUUGAUCCCUCAAACAGGAGACAUGCCUUAGAUAUGACCUAUAGUGCCUUACCUGAAAGCAAGCCUGUCACAUCCAACUGUGAGGUGUUUCAUCAAGGAUAUAUAACUUUGGGACCGCAGGCUGUGAGCGGGGUUCCCAUUCAACCCUCAGAGAGGACUCAGAGAUGGCUUACAGAACAAUUUCAUACAAACCCUCCAGAGUCCAGGCCUUCUGAAGAGCCAUACAGCUUAUCUCCUUGGCAGUUACAGCAGCUUGAAGAACUUAGAACAGGAAGUGAGCAUCCUGUGCAGGUUCUGAGUGGAUCAUCUCAUCAGAGUUACCCAGCUGCAAGCUUUCAGGAUUUCAACAAUUGGGAAUCCCUGAUGAAAAUCAAAGAAGGAUUGCUAAGGCAAAAAGAGAUUGUGAUUGAUCGGCAAAACCAGCAAAUUAACCUUUUAUAUCAGAAAAUAAGGGAGAAUGAACUCCGAGCUCAGCAAGCAAGGCUUGGGCAUAUUGUGAACUGUGAAGACCCUUACAUGAAUAGUUUCCAGCAGCCUCAGUAUGAGAGCACAGCAAUACAGGCUCAAUUUGCAGAGAGAUCUGUGGCCCACUGUGAAAGGGACGAGCUGGAACGAAAGCUUGCAGCAGUGCAGAGCAAGGAGCUACAACUCAGUGAGUUUCUCAAACAAAUGGCAAACAAAUCCAAUGAAGAUAAAAAGAAGAUGGAAGAAAAGCUCAAAACUAGAGACAGGUACAUAAGCAGCCUGAAAAAGAAAUGCCAAAAAGAAUCGGAGCAAAACAAAGAGAAACAGAGAAGAAUUGAAACUCUUGAAAAGUACCUGGCUGACCUGCCAACACUGGAUGAUGUUGAAAGUCAAAGUAAACAGCUUCAAGUUCUUGAAGAAAAGAACAAGCAGCUGAAAGCUACUUUGGCUGAGCUCGAAAAGGAUCUAGAAGAGUCCAAAACACAGCGUAAAGAACAAGAAUUGCAGCUAGUUUGUCAGAAGAAGAAAGAAAAAGAAUUGGUAACAGCAGUGCAGAGCCUGCAACAGAAGGUAGAAAAAUGCCUGGAAGAUGGUGUCCGCCUUCCUAUGUUGGACACAAAACAGCUUCAGAGUGAAAACGAAAGCCUCAAAGAGAAAAAUGAGAAAGCAAGCAAGGUCAUAGACAAUCAACAGAAUCAGAUUGCUGAGAUGACUUUAGAGAUUCAGUCUCUGCAAGAUAAGCUUUUGCAAGGAAAAGUGACAAUUCAAAAACAGAAAAGUGAACUUGAAGAAAAGGAUAAGAGUGUACAGCAGUUACAAAAGACACUACUUGAAAACCAAAGAUUUAUGGAAGAAAAUGCAUCUUUGAGGGAACAGAUUCAUCAGAUGGACCUGUCCAGACAGCCGGUGGCUGAAAAACUACCUGUGGCCGAUCAAUUGUUCAAGGAAAUGUCUCACUGUUUAUUUGACUUGAAAGCACUUUGCAGUAUUCUUACCCACAGAGCUCAGGGCAAGGAGCCUAACCUGUCCUUACUGCUGGGAAUCAGAUCAAUGAGCUGCUCAUCUGAAGAUGAGAAUUACCACAGCACAGAAACUCUCUCAAAGAAACUCUUAGAGGUGUGUCAAUUACGAAAAGAUAUUGAUGAAUUGAGGACUAUAAUAUCAGACUGCUAUGCUCAAGACAUGGGAGAAAAUUGCAUUACACAGUGAUAAAAGGUUUGGCUCACGGCAACAGUGACUUAAGUUAUUAAAUGCUGCUCUGGUUUUAGUUCCUUGUGUUUAUGUUAAGGAGCCAUACUGGAAGACACGCUCCGUGUGCCAGAUCAAAGGGUUUCAAGCGUUUGCAUGUAAGUUCAUGCAGGUGAAGCAGUCGUCACUUGAAGAGAACAGGACGUGCUGCACGAGAGAUCUGAUUUCUUCAAACUACUGAAUGUAGGUCAAAGCUGUGAAGAAUGCGUUUCUUUUGGAAAUGUUGGGUUUUGUUUCCUCUGACAUGGUCUGUAAAAGCAUCCAUAUUUUCUUCUGGAGUCAAAAGAUUUAAGUGUCAGAAGGCGGCACUGCAGUUACUGCUGUAUCAUUUCCCCCCUUCAGCAAAGCUUUAGGGUACAAGAUCAGUAUUAAUAAUUUUACUAGGGGGGAAAGUUUUAAGUGCCCGGCCGUGUGUAGGCAUUUAAACUGGAUGGUGACAUGAAGGUUCCUUAGAAGGACUGUUUGAGGGCAGGCAGACACAAAGGUAGCCUGUCUACCUUGCAAUGUUUGCCAUCUCAGUUUGGUAAAGGUCAUUUUACUUUGCAAUUGAUGUCCAUUGAUCAUCAAUGUUCCUCUUAGACAAAGCAGCACAUAAGCUCCUAUAUUUUCAAUAAAGCAUAAGAAGUUCAGGCCUGAGAAUUUCUGUCAUCCUGUGAGCCUCUUCUGCACUAUAUGAGUGUGGAAACUUUGUGGUCAGUUAAGUUCAUUUGUGACCUGGGUGUGUUAUACAUGGGUGACUAACCUUCCCCUGCCCCAUUCUUGGGACCUGACCUGGACAUAUACACCACAAGAAUUUUGACCCCUCAGGACCCCAUUGAUUUUGGCAGCCGUGGAUAAAGCCGAAAUUAAAAUAGUCACCUCGCUGGAGUGGACUCCAACCAGCACCCUGAUGGGAAUGCAAAUUAGCCCCCCCUUGAUAGCAAAUAGAUCAUCUUCAUGGUUCAAGAGAGGCGGGAAGGCGGCAUGUGUGCCUGUACAUCUGGGCUUCAUGUGUGUGUGUGCCCAAGAGUGUGGUGUGGUCACCCCCAGAGGGUUGGCCAAGGGUUAACACAGUCAUUCAACCCAAAAGGUUAGCAACCCUGGCAUAAAGGCUAAAAAGGGUUUUUUAAACACACACAGAAAGAGCAGGAGAGCAUUGCAUCCUUGUAAUCAAUACCUAAUUAUACCUAAUUACUUUUAACUUAUCCAGGAGCUCACUCCAGCGCCCAGGAAGCUUAAAAGCCAAGAGAAACAUGUUUAAUCCACGUGUUCUGAAAGUCAUUCUUCCUGGUGGAUAGUUAAAAUAGGAGUGCUCUAGAAUUAGGAAGCAAAUGUACCCAAAAUCACUUGGUAAUCCAGACUGCUCUAUUUUGCUGUGUUAAAUUAUACACAUCCUUUCUGCCAAGUCAAGCCUGCUGUCACUUUAUUUUGACAAUCAAUUAUAUAAUGCAACAAAGUGCUUCCUUUUGAAAGAGAAAGGAAAAGAGAGGAUAAGGUACGUUUUGCUUAUUUAUGACAAUUGGCCCAGAUGUGCAGAAAGCUAUAGACUGGUCUUGCCAACUAUCAUAGCUAAAAGUGAGCAAGAGCUUCUUUUGAAAAGGUUGCCAUUUUCAGUUUUAUAUGUUACUAUGCCUCCAUUUUACAUUGUUGGUUUAUGUUGAAAUACCAUUUGCAUAUGAUAGUACUAAGAAAAACCUAUUCUGGUCAUUUUUCCCCACAGUUAUGUUUAUUUAAAUGGGUGUUUCUUGAUCAACACUGUCCUAACUUCUGUCUGUGGAAAUUUAUUUUAGUAUUUAUCUUAACUACUGUUCAGUGUUUUCAAAUGGAGAUUUGUAAGUAUUAUCUUGAAACAACUUUGUAAGCAUGAAAGUACUUAGUCCUCCAUCCUUACAACAUAAAACAAAUUGCUUGAAUUUAAAAUACUAACAACAGCAAACCCCACUACAGUUAUUAGAAAGUAGGUCUAAUUAGGUGGUACUCAAGAAUUGCUUUGUUUGUUUCUAUGCAGAUGAGGGCAUGAAUGGUGAAAAAUAAUUCUAAUCAAUUUACUUUCACGCCAGGAAGCAACUGAAAGUGUGAUAGACACUGACGCAACAUGCUAUGCUGUAGAGAGAUGACUUAAAGUUGAUGGUUAAAGUAUUUUUUCUCUGUUGCAUCUUCUGUUUUAUAAACAGAACUUUACCAUGAAUUUGACACUGCAGCAUCACCAUAGACCAAGAAAAAAUCUUUAAGCGACUUAAAAUAGAACUAAUGUGCAGGAAUCAACUAAUCAAGUCUGUCAGCAAAAACCCUGUGCAAGGACUUCUUCUGCCUGUGCAUUCCUCCCCCUGUGCGCCUCCCAAAACAGGCUCUAGGGGUUGGGUGAAACCCAGAGUGUGGUGGUAGGAGAGGCAAAUUAUUCUAACGGAAACGCUUGCCCUGACAGAACGAUCACCAUACCACAACAUUGAAUUCCUCCCAUUGUCCGUAAACAGUAUAGUUUUGGGACAAAGAAAUUGAAGAAGUCAUUUAAUUUUUACAUUGGUUGUAAAUUAGGCAAUAUAAACUUCAUAUCAAUUAAGUCCUUACCUUCAUCUACUCAUUACCUUCAUUACUUGUGGAAGAUAACCCAGUUGAAAAUAGAGACAGACAGUGAAGCUUUGCAAAGCACUUAGGAACAAGUCUCUGCCAAAUGUUUGACCACAAAAAUUUAGGCAUUUCAGGGACAGAAUGCUCACAGCUGUCCUGACUUCAUAUUAUUCUACCUUUUGUGUACUAUUUACACUUUAUUAUUUCCUUGGACUGCAGCCUUGGUGUCCUUUAAAAAUAUAUAUAUAUAUGGCAUGGGCCUCUUUCUGAGAUAAUCACAAACAGUCGGUUCACAUAGGCAGUAUGAUAAUAUCAAGUAAUCACACAGCCAGUUAGAUGUGGCCACAUUAUGCCAUCAUGAAGCCAAAUCAGAGUGAAACGCAUGAUUCCUGCCCUCACUUGAAUAGGCAAACAUUUCCACCUUGUUAUGCAGCACCCAUUGAAAAGCACCAAAAUAGGGGAGGGAGUUUUUCUGUGCAACAUUCUCUCUGACACUCAGUAUUUUCUUAGCCCAGCUAGACUUAUUUGACCUCCUUGUUUGUUACCUAUAAACUUAUUUAUUUCAGUUAACGACUUUCCUUCCCAAUUCAUUUAAAUGAAGCAUUGAAAUAGCAGUGUGUUUUUUAAAAGCUUGUUUGCAUAAGCAAUUUUUUUAGAGCCUUUGGCUUUUUUUUAAAAAAAAAGACUGAUAUUCUUAUUUGGAAAUAGAAAGCUGAACAGCAAGAAUAUUAUCUAAAUAUGCUGAAGUGGAGUUACUACUUUACAAAAAAAACUCAUAAAGGGGAAUAAUUAAGAGUAUUGGAAUAAAUUACUGCAUCUUAAUUUGUACGUAGGUAUACAUGUAAC